CGUAUUCACGACUCUGGACGCACGCAGAGUGACGACUGCAUCCCAACAGCGCCUGAUUCGACCAAUGCUGCUGCUUUUGCACUGCGCUUUGUGUGCCGUCAGAAAAAGGGCUGACCACGAGGGGUUGGAGCUAUCGAUGCCAAGGUCAGCACUGCCUUGUGCGGGUUUAUUUACAGUGGCCGCUAUAGCGCCGUCUUGGAACGGCACCACGGCUAUUCGCCAAGAUGCCCGUCAGCCUGGACAUGGCAUUCAAAGACAUUGCAUCGCAAGCUACAGACGGUGGAUGCUAGGCAGGUAGUGCUCUCUCGCGGCGGCCUGCGUAGUAAUUACAUUGAAUUUCCUACUCGUGUACGGAGUGCUCAGUACUCAGUACGGCCUCCAGGGUUGUUAGAGUGGAUACACGUUCCGUUCCCUGCUGGCUUGGACCAUGAGACAAACCGAAAUGGGCUCGAGUGCUAGAAACUUGGCGUGCGAGAUUAACAUCUCUGAUGUCACGGACUACUCCGGAAGCUCUUUGAUGAUAUAGAUCUGCACUAAUUAUGG